ACAGUUCCAAUUCAUGUCCUCGAACGAAAGUAAACCCAAUGCUGACGAUACAAUUAGCAAAAGAAUAUAUCUAGGUGGUCUACACUCUUCUAUUACUGAAGAUCAGAUCAAGGAAAGAUUCAGCAAAUUUGGCACUGUUAGCAAUGUUCAAGUAGCAAAAGAUUGCGAGAAUCUCUGUAGAGGAUUUGCUCACAUGAAUAUUGAAACAACAACAAAGAAAUGGGCACAAUGUUUAAGCGUAUUCAAGGGUUCAAAAUGGAAAGGUCAAGAAAUAAAGAUACAAGAAGCCAAGAUGGACUAUAAAGAGCGUGAAGCCCUGAGGCAACAAAAGAUAGAAGAACGACAGGAAAGAAAGAGAAAACGACUGGCAAGAUGGAAUGAUAGUGAUGGAUUUCACGCAAAAGAUAUGUCACUCAUUACAGAUAAUAAUAUGAAUAACAAGCGUGGGUGGAAAAGAGGAAGAUAUGGUAGAGCUAUUGCAGUGAUGAGACUAUCAAAGCCUGAUGGUACAAAGUUUGUCUUUGAUCCCACUCACUACAAAAAUAACCUGACAAAACUAUACAAUAUCGGCGUGCCUAUGAAACCUGUCAAGAAGUUAAUAUCAACCAUCGAUGGUGAUGAAUAUACUGAUGAUGAUACUGAUGAUGAAUAUGAAACAUCAGAUCAUAUGAAAACACUAGAUGACGAAGAUGAAGCAACAGAAAAUACUAAAUCAUUAGAUGACGAAAAACGAAGGGCAGCAAUUGAAAAGCGAGCAGAAGAGCAACGAGCAAAGAAAGAGCUGAUUAGUAAAUCACUUGCAGGAGAGAUAGAUGAUAGUAACCAUAUCACAUUCGAAACAGAGGAAGAUAAUUUACAACAAACAUCAGGAAAGGAUGAGAACCAACAAAAGACGGAAGCAGAUGAUAGGAAAUGGCUGUUUGAUUCUUCAGAAGAUGAGGAUGACGAAGAAGAGAUUAACAUUCAGAUUAAUCCUGUGCUUGAAGGCGAGGAAGGUCGUAAACGAUUAGAGUUACAAAGUCGAUUCAAAGGCGAUGAACGUUUCAAGCUUGGCGAAGAUUUUAUUGAUGAAGAGGAAACUGAGACGAAAGCAGAUAUAGGUGACAGUAUUAGCCAAGAAUUAAGUACUGAAAAGAACCAAGCCAUGGAUGUACUUCGUUUCAUGUUUGGUGAAGAUAGAAUAGUUACAAAAGCACCAGCAGCAUCCAAUGUAUGGACAAAUGCUGCUCGAUUUGAUCCCGAUGCAGAAGAUUCUUAUAAAUAUCUUACUACAAACAAAACUGAAGAUGACUCCAAGAAUAAUGAAUCCGAUCAUGACACAGAAAUGGAAGAGGCAGAAAAAGAUGAACAAAGCGAUGACGAUUUCUUUGAUAAGCCUAAUCAACUUCAAAGUAUAGCCCCUGAAGUUUCUACAGAAAAGCACUUUGAAGUAAACACGAACCUUAAGCCCUUGUUUGGAGGUUCAGAAGGAACCUUUAAACUAUUUGGAGAUGAUGACGAAGAGAAUAAAAUUGAGGAAGAACAAGCGCCUGUGGAGGAUACACCUACGGUUGACUAUAGCCUAAAUUUUGCAUCAACAAACAAGGCAUCAAACUCAAUGGGACUAGGCAUCAUGUUCUUUUUCCAUUUUGAUGAUCCUGAGCUUCUAAAAAAGAGCUGUUUUUCAUAUGACCCAGAAGGUAUAUUUCAAUGCCGCCCUGAAGAACAAGAAGGUUAUGAAGCAAAAUGGAGAGAAAAAAGAAGAACUAUAAAGGACAUCCUGAAGAAGCGACAGAAACAAGCGAUAAGAAUGGAAAAGAAGCGAAUGACAAAAGCGCUUAAAUAAAUAUUAUAUUGGUUAAAUACUAACUUAGUUUCAUAACUGCUUUGCAUAAUACCAACAAAGAAGGAGAAUCGUCUUGUACUUAAUAAAGAUAUUUUUAUCAACACAUGUAUGUUAAUUGAGUAUAUUUUGAGAAUAAAAAGACCGCUCCUUUUGUUAUUGAAACGACUGUACACUAUUUCCAGAAAGUAAUGUC